UAGCAGGACUACUAUGUGCGCUGUCGUUUAGGUCCAUGUCUGUCCGGUGUCAUUGGUGAAUGACCGAAGAUGUCUCAUAGCAGGUUGUUUACCCGGUUGCUCUUGCAGCAGGCCGGGGUGAGACACUGUUAUACUGGCAACAGGAAGAACCUUUACAUCAACAAGAACACUAAGGUCAUCUGUCAAGGCUUCACAGGAAAACAGGGCACAUUUCACAGUCAGCAGUCUCUGGACUAUGGCUCGCAGUUAGUAGGAGGAGUGUCUCCAGGCAAGGGGGGCAAAACACACCUGGGUCUGCCAGUCUUCAACUCUGUGAAAGAGAUGUUAUAG